UGGAAACGCGUAUUUUACAGUAACCACAAGCUAAUUCGACUUUUGUUUUCUCAUACUUCAGAUUUCAAUAUGUUUUUAUGAUUGUUUAUGCAUCUUUGAUACACUAAUGAUAUAAGAACGUUAUAUUCUCCGUUUAUGUGUUUUAUCUUCAAUAUGUUGUCAUAACAACCCACUACAUGGUUUUGAACAAUGGGAGAUUUAGAAGAUUUUUUGGAAAAGUGGCCAGCACAUGCCCUUGGAAGAACGUUUGCAAAGUCAAAUGCGUGUGUUAUCAAUAACAAAUUAGUUUCGCUGACAGAAGUCGAAACAAAAAUCCCUAAUAUUGUUCCCAAACCGAAAUUCCUUGAUACACUUGAAAAAAAGAUAUACAGUGGUUUGAAAAAUAUACAGUCAGAUGAUAGGGACCUUAGGUUUCAGGUUAUUUUUCUCUAUAGUUGCAAUCAGUUGGUCAACUUACAGAUUUACAAAGAAGCAUUUCAAUCAUUUAUCCAUGAGUUCAAGACAUACAGAACGUUUCUUUCCGUCAUCAACAAGGAAUAUGAAGAAUACUUAAACUUUUAUAAAGCUGAGGCACAAAAGCUUAGACCAGUCAAGGUGAAACUUAUAAUAUAUUUAUUACUAUCAUUUGUCACUGCGCAUAGGAAUACCUCUGGACAAUUUCUCAAGAAUGCGAUGAACGUAUAUUAAAAAUACAGAAGCGAGAAAGACCGGGUAACCAUUUAUUUUUUAGUCUAGCGACAUACAAGAACUCAAUAGUUUGAAACAAGAAAUUAUAAGACUGAGAGAAUUGAUUUCACAAUUAAAGGAGGAUAAGGUUGGUCUAGAAACUCAGGUAGAACAAUUAACUCAGUCAAUUAAAGAAGAACACGAGAAAUUUAGAUACGAAGCUGAUGCUAAACGGUUGUUAAUAUCAGAAAUUAAUGCAAUGAGAAUGCAGUUUGAUGAAAGUGAAGGGGUAUCUAAGCAACUACAAAAUAAAACCAACCGACAAGAUGAUCCAGUCUUGUUGAAAAUCGCACUAGAACAAGCAAGAAAAGCUCAGUCAGCUUCUGAAUUUGAAGUGGUUCAAUUGAAAGCUGAAUACGUGAAUGUUAUGCCUAAAAGUCGGUAUGGUGCUUUAUGGGAAGCAAAUAAUAAAAUAAAAAGCGAUUAUAACAUGAAGAUUAAAGAAAAUGAGGAAUUAAAUGAAUCCUUGGAACUUUUAAAAAAUCAAUUAAAUGAAGUUAUGAAACAACGUGAUCAAUCAGAAACAACAGUUCAACAGUUACAAAGAGUAUCAACACCGAGACCGGACUGGAAUGAAGUUGGACGCAAAUUACCUGGAGGUUUAACUCGAUGGUUGGAAGAAACUGCGUCAAUGUCAUCUCAAGAGAAAAUGCAUUUCCUUGUCAAUCAGCUGACAGUACAAAAUUCUGAAAACAUCAAAUUCAAUUUAAGUGCAUACAUAAAGGAGGAACUGAAUUUUGUCCCAUCAUUUUUACAAACGACUGAAACUGAUGUUAUAGUAUCCAGACCAAUACAACUUCGAGAUGGUUUAUUAUUGACACAUGAACUUUGGACAACUAGGAAGAAUGAAAAAGAUUCAGCGAAGGAACAUUCUAUAGGACAACGAAGACGUUCACUUGCAUCGAGACGACUUUCACAGAUGAAAAUUCAAUCAAAAUUACCAACAAUUAUUCAAAAUGUAUCAAAAACAUUUGAUGAAUUUCUAUGUAAUUUCUUUAAACAAAUUUAUGGUAUCGAACAAAUACGUAUUGAAUGGGUAUAUGGUUUUUAUGAAAUGUUAAUCAAAGAAAAUAAUAAUUAUAAACUUAAUGAAUUAAGAAUGAUAAUUGAAAAUAAGAUGGAUGAAGAAUGUCAUUGGCACUUGGAAUCAUGGAUACUAUUUAUUAAAGAACAAAUACUAAUAUUUAUUGAUAGCAGUAAUAGUAUUCCAGUCAUAAUGCCGACUACUGAAAACUCUGAAGAAAAACAAAAAGUAAUCUUAAAACAAACUUUACAUGAGGCGCUAUUAAAUAUAUUCAGUCAGCAAGAUUUAAACAACUUAAAUAUCAUAAUUGAAUCAGCUGAAGAGUAUGCAAGUUUACAAAUAAAAGAUUCAUCUGCAAAAUCAUUAACAAAUAUGGAUGAAGGCGAAAGCAAAGAUAAUGACAGCAUGCAGACUAAUUUACAGAAUAUGCUUGAUUUUAAUAAAUUAUUCGAUAAUGCACAUGAUGAAGACUUCAAUCCAUUCUUAAAAGAAUUAAUUUCAAUAUAUAAACACUUAAAAGCAACAUUUGUCAAUGGAAUUGUCACCGAACUUCAGAAGUUAAAAUCAGAUGGAGUACAAUCCAGCAAUGUAACACUAGUUCAAAUAAAGCAUGCAAUCGAAUGCAUAGCUCCAUCCACUGCUGUCACAUUGAAUGUAAGACCGAAAAGUGGGAAACCUAUCACAACGCAACAGCAACAGUAUACACUAUCGAUUGAUAUCGAAUCAAGUUUAGAAUGGUUGUUUAAAAUUAAUCCAAAUGAUUCACCAUUACAAUCGAUACCUUUGAAUCAGUUGACAACACGUCUUGAAGGAUGCAAUUUGUUUUUUUAGAAACUAGUUUAGAAACUUAUAAUUUCUUGUUUUGUUCAUUUUUGUUUUAACAAACUACAUUUUUACAGAAAAAAUGAGUUAUUUCAGUAAUUCCAAGUAAAUAGAUGCUGAAAUCUUAUGACUUUUCAUUUGUCCUCUAG